UGUAUACACACGUAGACACGUUCAUUACGAACUGCAAGCUGCAAGACAUCAACCGCAUUUUACCCUAUCGCAAGUAUCGCUUUCCGAAAUAUUAGAGGCUCUGUCUUGGCAUCCGAAAUCAUUGAAUACUACGACGAAGAGAUGGAUAGCGGAGCGCGUCUUAGCGACGACUCGGAUCUGUUUCAUACAUCCCAUCUCCAAGCUACCGUGCGGGAGCUUCAGGAGAGAGUCAGGGAGCAUGAGGCCGCGCUAAACGGGCUGCGCGCCACUCCAAGUGCGCAUCGCACAAGUCAGUCUCAUCCCCCAACAGCGCCAUGGGAUAUCAUGAAGAUAGCCUACGACGAGUUGGCAUCGCAAACACCAUUCCUUCCGUUUCCGGAAUCUGUAUUGCCCGCUCUUCUAGCACUCCGCAAAACCCACCAGACUGUGGAGGAGACGAAGGCUUAUUUAGCCUCUCAUAAGGACUCGGUUGAGAAGACCAAGCGACGACUCGAGGUGGAAAAGUCUAAUCUCGAAGAUCAGAAAGCCCUCUCGCAGAGUUUGCGCAAUCGCAUACAAUCAUUGCGAGAUGGCUUGGAAAGCCGAAUGGAGAUGGGACCGGAGGACAUAGCUGCAGAACGGAUCAACGAGCUGAAGCAAAAGAAAAAGUACUACGACAAGGAAACCUCCAAGCUUCUCAAAGCGCUGAGGAAGUUUAUCGACGAGCAUCUUGCGGGAAUGCUUGCCGCCGAAGAGCUCGGAGGCCCCGUCGUUGGCGAUAUCAUGGAUAUCGAUGGGUCCGAUCUCGCGGCAGGAUUUAGCUCUCAGGGCAAACUGAAAAAGGCAAAGGAGAAUCCCGACGAGGAUAGACGACAGAGACGCAUUGACGAGAUAUGGGGUAUACGAGAGGAUGGUGAGCCAACAGGGAGAGCUAAGGCGGGCAGCCGGGAUGAAGCCGCGGCCGCGGGUGAGGAGAUGCGCACCUUAACAGAGGAACUACUCAACGCCUUAGCACAAUCCGACGGUGAUAGUUCAGCAGCCUACGUCCAGCUCCCUAGGGAGACAGCAGCUGCAAGGUUCCUAGUCAGGUCUAAAGUCGCGCAGUUCCACCCUAGGGACUCUACGAAGCUCCGGCUAAUCGACUUCGGUAAAGACUUGGAUGAAUGAAUACCAUGUUUAAGCCUUCGCCUCCUGUUUCAUGAUUUAUUUAUGUACAUACAUACAAUUGUAAGAUACUGCACAGACUGUGUACCGUACAUGUAGCUAUGAAACCAAACUAGGUACAUGUAAGAGGUAUAUUCUCUAUAAUUAGCUUCGAUAUCUAGAUUAGGGGUUUGGGGUUUUUUUGAGUUCAAUCACUCGAUUCGAAAAGGAGACCUAAAGAUCAACUUAAGUGGCGUUUUAAGGGCAGCCAUUAUUCUACACGAAUACCGAAG